AUGGCCGGGAAGACGCUGUCCCUGCUGCCGCUCGUGCUCCUGGCCGCGGCGGGCCUCGCCGGCCUGCUGCUGCUGUGCGUCCGCACGCGAGACGUCCCGGAGCCGCCCGGCUUCAAGUAUGGCAUCGUCCUGGAUGCUGGCUCCUCGCACACGUCCAUGUUUGUCUACAAGUGGCCAGCUGACAAGGAGAACAACACUGGCAUCGUAGGCCAGCACAGCUCCUGUGACGUGCAGGGUGGAGGCAUUUCCAGCUAUGCAGACAACCCCCCCAGGGCUGGCCAGAGUCUCGUUGCCUGCCUGAACCAGGCCCUAAGGGACGUGCCAAGGGAGAAACACGCCAGCACGCCGCUCUACCUGGGAGCCACGGCGGGCAUGCGGCUGCUCCAGAUGAUGAGUCCCCAGGCCUCAGCCAGUGUCCUAGAGGCUGUGACACAGACCCUGGCUAAGUACCCCUUUGAUUUCCGUGGUGCUCACAUCCUCUCGGGCCAGGAUGAGGGAGUGUUUGGCUGGGUGACCGUCAACUACUUGCUGGAGAACUUCAUCAAGUACGACUGGAUGGGCCACUGGUUGCAGCCGAGGAAGGGGACACUGGGGGCCAUGGACCUGGGAGGCGCCUCCACCCAGAUCACCUUUGAGACAGCCAGUGUGGCUGAGGAUCCGGCCCAGCAGGUCCAGCUGCAGCUCUAUGGCCAGCAGUACCACGUCUACACCCACAGCUUCCUCUGCUAUGGCCGUGAGCAGCUGCUCCGGAGGCUGCUGGCCAGUGUCAUCCAGAACUACAGUGGCCACCCCUGCUGGCCGAGGGGCUAUACUGCCCAGGUGCUCCUGCAGGAUGUGUACGGGUCUCCGUGCACCGCAGCCCAGGGGCCUCAGACUUUCAACAGCAGUGCCAGACUCAACCUGUCGGGCAGCGGCAACCAGGCGCUCUGCCAAAGCCUCGUGUCCGGCCUCUUCAACUCCUCCUCCUGCCGCUUCUCCCACUGCUCCUUCAACGGUGUCUUCCAGCCGCCUGUAGCUGGGAAGUUUAUGGCCUUCUCUGCAUUGUUCUACACCGUGGACUUCCUGAGGACCACGAUGGGGCUGCCCGUGGCAACCCUGAAGCAGCUGGAGGUGGCUGUGGUGACCGUCUGCAACCAGACCUGGGAGGAGCUUCAGGCCCGAGCGCCGGGGGAUCUGUCCCGCCUGGCCGACUACUGCGCAGCGGCCACGUUCGUGCAGCAGCUGCUGAUCCGCGGCUACCACUUCAACGAGAGCACCUUCAGUGGCUUGAUCUUCCAGAAGAAGGCCGGUGACGCGGCGAUCGGCUGGGCGCUCGGCUACAUGCUGAACCUGACCAAUAUGAUCCCCGCCGACCCGCCGAGGAUGCGCAAGGGCUCGGAGUUCGGCUCCUGGGUGGUCCUUCUCCUGCUCUUCUCCGCCCUGCUCCUGGCCGCGCUCCUCUUGCUGCUGCGCAGGGCGCGCUCCACCAAGUAG